CGGUGUGCCGCUCGGGGGCCCCAACGAAAGCGUGACGCCGACGCCGACGUGGCCCUUUUCGUCCCCAACAGGCUGCAGAUUGAAAAGAUAUGAAUGAAUAUCCCAAAAAAAGGAAAAGGAAGACUCUACACCCUUCCCGUUAUUCAGAUUCCUCUGGAAUAAACAGAAUUGCAGAUGGAUUCAGUGGGAUUUUUUCUGAUCAUUGUUAUAGUGUCUGUUCUAUGAGGCAGCCAGAUCUGAGAUAUUUUGAUAACAAAGAUGACGAUUCUGAUACGGAACCAUCAAAUGACUUGCCAAAAUUUACAGAAGGAAUCAAAGCCAGGAACAGAAAUCAGAACUACCUGGUUCCUAGUCCAGUGCUUAGAAUUCUAGACCACACUGCCUUUUCUGCAGAAAAAUCUGCUGAAAUUGAAAUUUAUGAUGAAGAAUGUGACUCACCUGAGUCAGUCAACCAGCAAACGCAAGAGGAGAGUCCUGUUGAGGUUCACACUGCCGAAGAUGUUCCAAUUGCUGCGGAGGUACAUGCAAUUUCUGAAGACUAUGAUAUAGAGGCAGAAAACAACUCCUCGGAGAGCCUCCAGGACCCAGCCGAUGAAGAGCCACCAGCCAAGCUUUGUAAAAUCCUUGACAAGAGCCAAGCUUUGAAUGUGACUGCCCAGCAGAAAUGGCCAUUACUGAGAGCUAAUAGCAGUGGUCUGUAUAAAUGCGAACUUUGUGAGUUCAACAGCAAGUAUUUUUCUGACUUAAAGCAGCACAUGAUCCUGAAGCAUAAGCGCACUGACUCAAAUGUGUGUCGAGUGUGCAAAGAAACAUUCUCAACCAACAUGCUUCUGAUUGAACACGCCAAACUGCACGAGGAGGAUCCCUACAUUUGUAAAUACUGCGAUUAUAAAACGGUGAUUUUUGAGAACCUCAGCCAGCACAUCGCAGAUACCCAUUUCAGCGAUCACCUGUAUUGGUGUGAGCAGUGUGAUGUGCACUUCUCCUCGAGCAGCGAGCUCUACUUACAUUUCCAGGAGCACAGCUGUGACGAGCAGUACUUGUGCCAGUUCUGUGAACAUGAAACGAAUGACCCGGAAGAUUUGCAUAGCCACGUGGUAAAUGAGCACGCAUGUAAAUUAAUAGAGUUGAGCGAUAAGUAUAACCACGGAGAGCAGGGACAAUAUAGCCUCUUAAGCAAAAUUACCUUUGACAAAUGUAAAAACUUCUUUGUAUGUCAAGUAUGUGGUUUUCGAAGUCGACUUCAUACAAAUGUCAACAGGCAUGUUGCUAUUGAACACACUAAAAUUUUUCCUCAUGUUUGUGAUGACUGUGGGAAAGGCUUUUCAAGCAUGCUAGAAUAUUGCAAGCAUUUAAAUUCACAUUUAUCUGAGGGGAUUUAUUUAUGCCAGUAUUGUGAGUACUCAACAGGACAGAUCGAAGAUCUUAAAAUUCACCUCGAUUUCAAGCAUUCGGCUGACUUACCUCAUAAAUGUAGUGACUGCUUGAUGAGGUUUGGAAAUGAAAGGGAAUUAAUAAGCCACCUUCCAGUUCAUGAGACAACUUGAUUAAUGUCAGUGUCAAAUAAAUUUUGGCUUUUGUUUUUGUUUUUUUAGGUGUUGAAAUGGAUUAUUUUAAAGAUAAUUUAAGGGAAUUGCCUGUAACAAGAAUAUUUUUAAUUUUCAGUUUUUAUGGCAUUGCUACAUUGUCAGCGUAUAAUUUAUCUGAAAUGUAUUUUUGAUUCCAUGGUAGUUGGUAGGUGACUCUUCCUAUGACAUGUGCUCCAAUUUCAUGAAUUGUUUUUAAAAAAUGUAUUGAAGAAACUUCUGUUACCAUAGGUGCUCUUGAGUUGUUUUAAACAAAGAAACACGCACACAAGACAGACUCGGUUUUCCAUGAUUAAUCACUUCACAUAUGAUGUCAUUAAAGUCCAGCACUGAACCAGAUCUGAAAGCACUCAAUUGUAUAUGAUGAUGCCCCCUGGUGCUUCCACUAACCAGAACCCCAGUCCCCUUCUGCAUUCCCCACUAGUAGCAUGUUCCCCCAUGGCAUCAGUGGGCACGUUAGUAACACUAAGAGGUCAAUGCUACUGCAGAGAGGAUCCCAUUCUUGUCAGACACUCUGGUUUUCUGUAAUUCUAGCUUUCUGUUAAUAUUGUUGCUAAGCCUUUAUGUGUUGAGUCAUUUUAAAUGUCCCCAGGGAGGGAUGGAAUUGGUGAGGGAUCAGACAGUAAAGGGAAAGAGCCAUUUCAUAACUCACUCAGAACAUGUCAGCAUUUAUUGCUGUAAUGUGUAAAAGAUUUUAGAAAGAAAGGGGCUGCUAGCAUGAUAAUGUACAAAUUACUUUUAACAAUGGCAAAACUGGUUUCACUUCUGAAAUAACAGUAUCAAAAAGGUAGCAGUGGCUCAUUGGCCUCAACUGUAACAAACAUGGCUGCAAACAAUACCACAUCCAGGUAUACUGAGAGUUGAAAAGACCACUGGUGUGGCCUAUAGGUAUUUCACCUCGAGUCCAUUUUGAGAAUGGUGGCUAUACUUGUCCUCAAAACUCAUCAUUUUUAAAAUUAUGUCUGCUAAUUUGUCAUAUAUGUAUAGCUGUGUUAAUGUACGAGAUAAAGGAGCUCCACUCUAAUCGAAAGAUUGCAGUCCUAAGUCCUCUCGGUGGGGACUCAGAGGCUUGGUAAUCUGCUUCCAACCUCAGCUUUUGAACACUCCGUCUGUGCUCUGAGUUCGAAUCUAUCCACUGCAACUGGUUUUCUUUAACUGGUGUUCUUAGAAGCCACACUGCUAUGUAAUUGGUCGAGGAAGGGGAAGGAGCCGGUCAAGGAGGUCUGUCUGAUAAAAGUAUCACAAUGCAAGUUGGAAGAGAAUCCUAAAAAUUAUCACACAAACAAA